CUUCUCUGACAUGCUGCAGAGGGCGGAGCCUCACAGCGGAACGGCCAAUGAGCUGCGAGGAAUGGUGCCAGAAAACAGCACAGUUCGCUGCAACCGCCGCUGCUUUGGAUUGUGGGAAAAGAAACCAGACGGGGGAAUGCACCCGGUCAAGCAAGGUUGCUGGACUCACGUUGGCAACGAGCAGGAGUGUCAUAGCGACCAUUGCCAGGUAACAGCAACGGCCUCUCUGACCCUCAAUGACACAGACUACCAUUUCUGCUGCUGCAGCCGAGACCUGUGCAACGCCAACUUUACCGAGCCCCCGCCCACUGCUGAAACCCCCGCCCUGAGGCUGAUGAAGGCAGACGGGCGGGACGACAGACUGACAGAUCCCCAGCCACUGCGACGGGAGGAGACGGCGCUCAUCGCCCUGGUAACUGUCGCUAUAGCGGCUGUUGCCGUUGUGGUUUUGUUCCUGGGAUACCGCAUGAUGAAAGGGAAGCAGAAACACAGUCUGUCGGCUCUGGAUGUGAUGGAGGCAGCAAACACUAACACUGCUGUCGACCUGGAUCAUCUCAAACUACUGGAGCUGAUUGGUCGGGGUCGUUACGGCUCAGUGUUUCGCGGCUGUCUCAACGAGCGCUGCGUGGCCGUCAAAGUCUUCAGCUCGGCCAACCGGCAGAACUACGCCAAUGAACGCUCCAUCUACUGCGUGCCGCUGCUGCAGCAACACGACAACAUCGCCCGCUUCCUGGGCGCCGACGAGAGGUUGGCGUCCGAUGGGCGGCCAGAGUUCCUGAUCCUCAUGGAGUUCUACCCACAUGGCUGUCUGUCUCGUUACCUGUCUCUCCACACGGUGGACUGGUCUACCUGCUGCAGGAUGACUCACGGUGUGACCAGAGGACUCGCCUUCCUGCACACUGAACUCUACAGAGGAGACCAGUACAAAGCGGCCGUGGCCCACAGAGAUGUGACCAGCAGGAACGUUCUGGUCCGAGCCGAUCUGUCCUGCGUCCUGGCCGACUUCGGCCUGUCCAUGAGGCUGACGGGAAGCCUGCCCUGUCGCCCCGGAGACGACGAAACCGUGGCCAUAUCUGAGGUGGGGACGGUGCGCUACAUGGCCCCGGAGGUUCUGGGCGGAGCUCUGAACCUGCGGGACUGUGAGUCGGCGCUGAAGCAGGUGGAUGUUUACGCUCUGGGGCUGCUCUACUGGGAGAGCUUCAGGAGAUGCUCCUACCUGUUCCCAGGCGAGGCGGUACCAGAGUACCAGCUGGCGUUCCAGGCAGAGCUCGGGAACCAUCCCAGUUUCGAGGAGAUGCAGAUCCUCGUCGCCAGAGAGAAGUUCAGGCCCAGAUUCCCCGAAUCCUGGAAGGAGAACAGCCUGGCGUUGCGUUCUCUGAAGGAGACGAUGGAGGACUGUUGGGAUCAGGACGCUGAAGCUCGACUCACCGCUCAGUGUGCAGAGCAGAGACUGUUUGAACUCUCACUGCUGAGUACACACACUGCAGUACACAACCACAGGAAUCUGUCUCAGGGCCUCUGGCCUCCUCCGUCUGGCUCCGCCCCCUCCCUCAUUAAGGAUCUCCAGGUGGGCGUGGUCAAGAAUCUCCAGGGAGACGGUCACCCAGCAGCGGUCGUCAAGAUGACCACGAGUGGAGCAGAAGGUCCUGAGAGGAACAGAAACUCCAUCAACCACGAGCGGCAGCAGGCCCAGGCUCGCUUGUCCACUUCAGACAACAACAUGUUGUCCAGCUCCGCCAUGACACCUGUCUCCACCCUCCUCACCAUCUCAGAGUCCCAACACACAGGGGGCGCUCUGCCCAGUGUCUGCCAGCCGCUGACAGAAGAAGACCUGGAGACCCAAAAACUGGACCCCAAAGAGGUGGAUAAGAACCUGAGGGGAAGUUCUGAUGAAAACCUGAUGGAGCGUUCACAGAAACAGUUCAGUUCAUCCAACCUGCUGUACGGCCAUGUACUGCAAACUGCUCAGGUGAACUACUGUGUGUCGGUUCCUCAGGGGGAGCUGGGAGGUGUUGGGGGGGUUGAGACCACCCUCCCCCUCCCCAAACUGCAGAACCUGCCCCAGAGACCCACCAGCCUCCACCUCCUCCACAAAACCAACGAGACCGUCUCCGCCUCUUCCAGACUGAAGCUGGGAAAGCUCAAGUCCAACCACAGACAGGUGGAAACUGGCGUUGCUAAGAUGAACACGGUGGCAGUCGCCACGGCUGCAGAGCCUCGCCAGGUAACCGCGGUGACCAUCAACACCAGCACGAGAGUAGGAGGCGGCGACCCUGCUGUGAGCCGAGUUCACUCGAAAAUGGCGGUCGCCAGCAGCUAUAGCGCGGGCGCCCCCGCCCUGGUGACCAACAGUCUGAUCGGCCGCGGGCGGACCAAUCCGGCGGGGCCGCAGCUGGAGGACGAAGACAAGAUGGAGGCAGGAGAGGACCAGCGGAUCAACCUGCUCAACGCCAGUCCGGACGAACACGAGCCGCUGCUGAGACGAGAGCAGCCGCCCGCUGAGAGCCAUCCGGGACGGGGAUCAAACUCCAACAACAACAACAACCGGACAGCCUGGGCCUCCGGCGAGGAGAGAGUCCGUGGCUCAGGUUCAGACCCGUGUGUCCGCAGAGCGCCGGUGUCGACCCACGGGUCCUCCACAAGUCCAGAGACUCGUCUGGUCCAGACUCAAAAAGCUCCGGUGCUGGAUCCAAAGGCCCUCGGACCCCCAGUCUCUGGUCCUAACCAUCCAGUCUCUGGUCCUAACCCUCCAGUCUCUGGUCCUGUCUCUGGUCCUAGCCCUCCAGUCUCUGGUCCUAGCCCUCCAGUCUCUGGUCCUAACCAUCCAGUCUCUGGUCCUAACCCUCCAGUCUCUGGUCCUAACCCUCCAGUCUCUGGUCCUAACCCACCAGUCUCUGGUCCUAACCCUCCGGUCUCUGGUCCUAAUCAUCCAGUCUCUGAUCCAAAUCCUCCAGUCUCUGAUCCAGACCCUCCAGUUUUUGAAUCUCAAAAACUACAUCCUACAGCUCUUCCAGAACCUGCAGCAGUUCUGCGACGCCCAGCCUUCGAUCCACAGACUCCGCAGAACAGACGCGGGCGUCCGUGUUCCCUCGACCUAUCAGCAUCCUGCACCUCUUCAGAUGAUGCUCCUCUGACAGAUGAUGGCGGUCUGAGCGCUUCGGGAGAGAAAAUAAAACGCAGAGUCAAGACUCCGUACACCGUGAAGAAAUGGCGUCCGGCCUCGUGGGUCGUUUCCACGGAUACAGCUCUCGACCCGGACUUCGAGUUCAACACCGCCGGCGGUGGCAGUCAGACCCAUUUCCCUUCUGGUUUCCAUGGAGCGGGAAGCUUCGGCAUCCCCAAAAUCAAUCAGUCUAAAUCCAGCAUGGCAGUGUUUUUGGUCGGAGGCGGAGCCACAGCGACAGCGACCUCCGACCCUGACGGGAUCACCUGCUUCUAAACGUUGGCGUUGUCUUUUCUUAAAGGUCCAGUGUGUGGGAAUUUCUCCCAUCUGGCGUUGAGAUCAUAUAUCAAUCAACUCUCUCGCACCACGCAGUUCAAAG